UUGAUGAAUGAACUACUGAGUGAGACUAUAAAAGGCUGCGUCCACUGACCAAGAGAGAAGAAGAAGAAGAAGAAGAACCAAACGUGGCUCACAACGACGAGAAGAACAGAAAACCUCCAGGGAAGCAGCAGCAGCAGGAGACCCGAGCAGAUCGGUGCUCCCCUGACCCAGACCGGCUCCGCUCGUCCACUCACUUUCAGGAACAAGUGCAAAAAUGCUGUGGAGAUUGACUGCUGCCGUGGCCGUGGUGUGUGUCGUUGGCAUGUGCGGCUGUGUGAGGGCGGAUGUCAUGAGCAGGCUGAUCGCACCGAGGGACUACGGCGUGAAACUGUGCGGGAGGGAGUUCAUCAGAGCCGUCAUCUUCACCUGCGGAGGCUCCCGCUGGAAACGAGCCACAGGGGGCGACUCAGAUUCUUUCCAGUGGAGUUCUCUCAGUGACAUCACAGCGGGGGACAGCAGCCUGCACAGCUGGCAAAGUGGCGCCGAGCUCCCAGAGAACCGCUCUCCUCCCCAGGUCGUCUCCCCUCACUCCCUGGCAGACCUCCUGGCUCUGUACGCGGCCGCAGGAGAGCGACGGCAGCAGCCGCUGGAGAGAUCUCUGCCGGCCACACUUUUAGGCGAGCAAGAUGGGAGUCCAGAGGCAGACGACUGGACCAUGGUGAGCAAGAAGAAGAGGAACUUUUCUCUGGGUGUGGCGGGGAUGUGCUGUAGCCAGGGCUGCACCAAGAAUGAUAUCGGACGAUUGUGCUGAGUUUUGGAGGAAGAGAGAAGAAGGGAGGAGGAGGAGGGAGGGGGUGAUGUGAUGGACAGUAAUAGACAGAUGUGGGAAGAUGGAGGAGAGCAAGUGCACAUCUAUUUAUUCUCAGUCAUGUCUUAUUGUAAAAAUCCCUGUGUCGUCAUAUUUUUAUUUAUUCUCCAUAUUUUGUCCCGGAGAUCCAGUUCUGUGUACGUUCGGCAUCAUUUACAAUAAAAUUGAAAUACUGUGUAAAUAGGAAUAUUGUGUAUUGUCUGUGACCCUUGUUUUAAUAUGCCUCUGUCGUCUCUCCUGCAAACUGUCGAAGCCAAAACAGGCAAAUAUCCCAAUUUAAUGUGGUUCUAAACCCCCUGAGGACACUAUUGUGUUUCUUAAACCGUUUCUGACUCAACAACAACCCCUGAACAAAAUUCUAAAUGUAAAUAGAUGAAGUUUAAUGUGAGAGAAAAAAGCCCCAUUUAGAUUUUAAACAGUAUAAUUUUGAAUGUCCAUAGUACUGCAUUAGGUUUUUUUUUUAGUAAAAGUAUAAACACUCUUGGACUAUACAACAUCCGCCUCAAUAUUUACAUCUAUGUACAUGUAUUAAAAGGUAGCUGCAUCAGAUGACAAUCCAUUUAUUUAAAAAGUGAAAUAAAAUGGAAAUGAAUAAAAAGAAAAAAUAUCAGUUAAACAUUCUGUUGUUCACAUUUCACAAUAAACUGAUAUUUGAUGUAACACAUAUAUCGCAACAGAAGCACCGCAAACAGAAAAGUCUCAUUCACAUCACACUUGACUCGGAUCUUCAGUAUAAAUAUGUCCCGGAGGCUCAGGAGCUCACAGACACACUUUGUCCUCAUCAGUGACUCAUUCAUGCAGAGGGGACCCGUCCUCUGAUAUGUUGUGUGCCUGCGUGGUUGUGUGUCUCGUCUGUUGUGCACUCAAUUAACUUCGGAAAUUCCAACCAAAAGAGGCCGUUCCCCAAAUUUGAGUUUCCUCUCACGAAUCCCGCACUUCAUCCUAUAACAUUUGGCAUGUAAAGUUUUAAACUUUUGAAAAAUCGAAAUCAAACAAGAUUAUGUUUGACCUGUUUUACAACAACAAACACUUCCCUUCAUAACUUUCACCACACUUUUCACAUCAUGUAGCUACAGGCUGAUAUUAUAGCAUUGUAACGUUAAAAACUUCAAACUGUAUCUAGAAAAUAUAUAUUCAUAUAGUCAUUCGUAACAAAAACAAUGUCAUCAUUUCCCUGGGUGUAAUCCCUAAAAAACAACUUCUAUUGUCCCCGACAUCGUCUGGACUUCGUGAUCAAAGAGCUUCAUGAGCAGGUUUUGCUGUUUGAAACAUUUCAACUCCACGUAUUGAUGUAAACAAAGUGUUUGUGUUGCACUGAAACUGAACUUCCGCUGCCUCAGCACAAGAUGAUCAUCAGUGGGUCAUGAGUAUCUGCCAAGUCCAGGGUCAUGGCACAAAUAGGACUCCAGCUCCACCUGUAGGGAUCUUCAUAGAACUUCAACAGAGGCAUGAUGUCCUUCAUCAGUCCUACAGUCACAUUGUAGCCGAAUGGUUUGGGAGCAUUUGUGUUUCUAGUGGAAUCCUUCAUCUUGGAGAGACAGUCUGUGAUCCACAUUGUUUUUGUCAAAUAAACGCUCCGAAAUAUACUGAAAAAAAUAUGUAUCAAGCAAGAGUCUGGUUUCAGUUACCAUCACUCAUCGAACAGUCUGUUGGGAAUCCCAACAAGUCGCUGCUCAUUUCCCAAUAAUACAAAUCCAAAAUAAAAGGUCGGAGUUAUUCACAAAAUUAUGCUUGUGUGCGAUUUACACAAGUUACUUGAACUGCAGGAAAUAUUUGAUCCACAAAAAGCAUUUCCUUUCUCCAGUCAAUGACUAACGUAUGAAACAGUUUAUCUCACUGUGAAAUGUUCUCACGCGUCAUAAAUGAUUUGUUGUUCGGUGUCGAGUGCUUGUUAAUGAGGCUGAACAGGAAGUGGAGAGCAAUGAGAAGGAAACAAGUGAGUCAGCCUCUGGACUGAACUGCUGCGGUGGACACAUUCAUCCUCAUCCUUCCUUGGCCUCUCGCACCGACUCCACACUGUUGAUUAAGGUCUUGAAA